AUGACAAGAGCAGCCGACCCCAUCGAUCCGCCAGAGGGAGCUGCGAGGAACCGAACAGAUCCCGACGACGAUUCACGGUCACUGAGUCGCCGGCUGAGCACGAGGCCGGCGGGAGAGCUGGCGGAGGACAGAGCCUCCCUCACCGUCAGGGCCCUCAAACCUCACCAAGAGGAGGCCGAAGCGACACCCGGAGACUCCAGAAGCCCUCAGGAACGCCCUCAGGAACGCCCUCAGGAACGCCCUCAGGAACGCCCUCUGCAGCGGCCUCUCGCGAUGGGCAAGGCUGACGGCGACGACCUCUUCGAAGUGGUGACCAGGGGCGCGAGGUCGACGGAGGCGCCCGAGGAGGAGGAGGAGGUGGUGGGCGUCCUGGGGAGCGGGGACUACGGGCGUGCCAUCGCCGGGAAGAUCGCCCAGUCCGGCUACAGCGUCCUUAUCGGGUCACGUGAUCCCAACAACGUGGAGAUCCUGAACCUCGUGCGAGCCAAACCAGGGACACAGUUGGUGCUGCAGACGGAGGCAGCCAAAGCCCCUCUGGUGAUCGUGGCUGUGGGAUGCGACCACUACCCACGUCUUCCAGCGCACCUCCUUCAGGGCAAAGUGGUCGUGGAUGUGGCCAAUCCCACUUCUCCGAGGGACACCAGUCAACCAAGUUUUGCGGAAGAAUUACAGAACUUGAUACCGAAAGCUCAAGUCGUCAAGGCCUUUAACGUGCUCUCAGCCUACGCCUUGGAAAACAAUGUCCAACAGGCAGCAAAGCAGGUCCCCGUCGCGUCGGACUGGAAGGAGGCGAAGGCGCGGGUCAUCGAGCUGGUCAAGAAGAUGGGUUACUCGCCCGUGGACCGCGGCGGCCUCGAGGCGGCCCGGCUGAUCGAGGCCAUCCCGCUGCAGCUGAUGCCCUCCUGGCAGAGGCCGCUCGCCGUCGUGGCCAUCAUGUGGACCAUCCACUACCUCAUCCUGUUUCUCAAGUACCAGAUGUGCGGCGCCCUUCACGAGGGAGAGACCUGGACGGAAAGGACCUUCAAGCACCUGGCGCUGCUCAACCUGAACCGCGCCUCCGCCAUCACCGCGCUCUGGACGCUCGCGCUCUGCUAUCUGCCGGGCGUGAUAGCAGCCUACCUGCAGCUGAUCCGCGGAACGAAGUACAGCAGGUUUCCCAACUGGCUCGACACGUGGCUCAAGAUGAGAAAGCAGCUAGGCCUAUCCAUGCUCUUUCUUGCCUCUGUCCAUACGUGCCUGGGCCUGGCCGUGUGGUCGAGCCGCUACGACGGCCUCGUGUGGGAGAAGCCGAUCGUUUUCUCUGCCGAUGUCAAGGUCAACGCGACGACCUUUGUGACGAAGAACAUCACGGUGCACGACUCCUUGAUGAGCCUUCAGGGAGAGCUGUUCCUUACCUUUGGAAUGUUUUCAAUGUUCAUAACCUUCCUUCUGGGCGUGUCCUCCCUGCCCUCCGUGGGCGCGACGCUGACGUGGCGGGAGUUCACCUUCAUCCAGAGCAAACUGGGCUGGAUGGCGCUGCUGACGGGCACGGUGCACGACGGCCUCCUCGGCUGGGGGUUCUCGCCCAAGGACUACCUGGUGUGCUCGCUCCCCUCGGGCGCCCAGUACGCCUUGCACUUCCCUCUUCUAACGAUCGCGCUGAAGUUGCCUCUCCUGUUGCCCUGCGUCGACAGCGCCCUGCAGAGGAUCCGGCGGGGACACGACAGGAGGAAGAAGACCAACGUUUCCCCGAAGGACAGCCAGCCGCUCGACAUGACCAGACGCCAGCGAGGUUUCGAAAGUUAG